UGUCACAUGUGACGUAUAUUGUGAACGAAUGUCAUUAAGAACAGACUUGACAUUUGAUAGUUUUUCCUUUUCAGUAGCUGCUUUAUCUGGCGUCGGACGUAUUUCGAAACUGUUCCAGCACUUUACCUUAAACAUGGAUCCAAAUAAUGCUCAAAACCCAAUCAGAAAUGCUAACGACGGUCCACCGGCUGGCGAAGUCGAUCCAAAUAUAAGAAAUUUGCGCGAAAUGCACAAUGGAAGGUUACCAGCUGUUCGUGUUCGAAUGCCAAGAGAAAUUCCAGUGAAAUAUCGUAAUGGCUUUGCAACGGCAGCAGAGUUGGAGAGGGCUAACUUGCCACAACCGCGCCAAGCCGCUGAAGAAGAAGAACAUUAAAAACAAAAUUUAAAAGCAAAUUAAUAAAAUGUGUUUAUGUUAAUAUGCGGCAAAUCCUACAACUACAAGUCCUACAGGCACAUAAGUUACUGGUUAGAUGGUAGUAAACACUUAUGAAGACAUCGUUUGCAAAGCUUCAACAAUUUGAUGGAACACCGAAUUAUCUAAAUACCAUAAAAAAUAAAUUAUAACCAUUAUUAAUAUCUAUGUUGUUAAGGAAAGCCGUACACCUACAUAAACUAUUUUUAUUAAAUAAUGCGUACAUAAACCAAA